CUACAGAUACCCAUUUAUUUAUUUACUUUUUCAUUCUCUUCCUCAGGAUGAGUUUCAUCCCUUCAUCGAAGCACUUCUGCCCCACGUCCGAGCGUUCGCGUACACGUGGUUCAACCUGCAAGCCCGAAAACGAAAAUACUUUAAAAAACAUGAGAAGCGCAUGUCAAAAGAGGAAGAGAGAGCAGUGAAGGAUGAGUUGCUAAGUGAGAAACCUGAAGUCAAACAGAAAUGGGCAUCUAGACUUCUGGCCAAAUUGCGGAAAGAUAUCCGACCUGAGUAUCGCGAGGAUUUUGUUCUCACGGUUACGGGGAAAAAGCCUCCAUGUUGUGUUCUUUCUAACCCAGACCAGAAAGGCAAGAUGCGAAGAAUUGACUGCCUUCGCCAGGCAGAUAAAGUCUGGAGGUUGGACCUUGUGAUGGUGAUUUUAUUUAAAGGUAUUCCACUCGAAAGUACUGAUGGAGAGCGCCUUGUAAAGUCCCCACAAUGCUCAAAUCCAGGGCUGUGUGUCCAGCCCCAUCACAUAGGAGUUUCUGUUAAGGAACUCGAUUUAUAUUUGGCAUAUUUUGUGCACGCAGCAGGUAAGUGUGGUGACAGUCAAAUAUUGUUCUACUUUUACUUAAAAAAAAUUUUUCCCCCCAUAUGUUUUCUUCUGUUAUGCCAACGACUUCUAAGCUUGAUGAGGAGCCCGCCGCAUAUGGAGGGCGGGCAGGAGGGCUUCAAAGAGAGGCCCAGGCCAGACCAGAAAGGGGGGAAACUAGCCUUGAGGGAGUCCUCGUGCUCCGGGGUUCCAUUGGUAAGUAGUUAGGAGAGCAGGUUGGCUUCUCGGAAGGGCAUCCAAAACACGCACAACUGACCAAAACAAGCAACGCUGGGGAAGAGCUAACUCAGGGUGUGUUGGGAGCAUCCAAUGGACGAGUUGAAAAAGCACAUGAGUUUGUUCCUGAUGAGGACAGAUUCUUAGUAUUUCUGUUCUAGAACUUUCUGAAGCCUACUUUGCCAAUUUAAAAAAAAAAAUUGAGUCACGACCUCUCAGGUGACUGUUCUUUUGCAUGAGAAAAAUAGAAGUGGCGAUUUUUAGGAGCUGAGCGAAUGGGAAAGCUUAUUAUUUAGAGGAGCAGGGCGACAAAUAUUCUCCUGAAUAUUCGACAGAGAGGCUAAUGCCAAAAGGAACCCAUCUCGGAAGUACGGGCCAUCCCGAGGUUGGGGGAUUGAUUCAACUUGGACUGGUUAAAAGGGGAAUAAGUCCAUGUUGUGUUUUAUAGGCUCCUUGAGGGGGGAAAAAAAAGUAUGCUUUGCUAGAGAAUCUCCUGGAGAGCUUGAGAGGGAGCCUGAAGGGAACGUAUUGAGAGGUGCAUGAAAUAAUGCAUUUGUAUAUUCUCUUUUAGUCUUGCGUUAGACAAAAGGUACAUUGUGUUAUGUGUAAGCUCAAGUCUUGUGUAAUUUGUUGACAUUUCAUAUGUACAUACCGGUCUUGCUAGAUUACCUUCAUAGCGGUUGCUUGAGCCAGACGGAAGAAUGGAAAUUAUGGAAUCCUCCUAGUAGGUUAUUAGAUUUAUCUCUCUAGCUAUUUCUCUCUCUCUCCCAGUUUUAUUUAUUUGUAUAUUU